UCAUAUAUUUAUAUAACUAUGUCCCUUCCAUCACUCUUCGAACUGUAAGCGUAUCUAGUGCAGUGUUCAUCUCUGAUCUUCUAUUCACUCAUGGCUAAGAGAUCUCAAAAAACCACUUCUUCUUCUUCCUCUACUAUUACUACUACUACUUCAUCUUCUUCUUCUUCUACCACCAUGGUGAAACGUAAACGUAAAAGCAUCCCAAGAAACUCACCUCCACAAAGAAGCUCUAUUUAUAGAGGUGUCACAAGACAUAGAUGGACUGGUAGAUAUGAAGCUCAUUUGUGGGAUAAGAAUUGUUGGAAUCAAUCACAAAGCAAGAAAGGAAGACAAGUAUAUCUAGGUGCUUAUGAUGAUGAAGAAGCUGCAGCACGUGCCUAUGACUUGGCAGCAUUGAAGUAUUGGGGCCAAACCACAAUUCUCAACUUUCAAGUAUCAAAUUAUCAAGAGGAGCUCAAAGAGAUGGAAGGACAAUCAAAAGAAGAAUAUAUUGGAUCCUUAAGAAGAAAAAGCAGUGGAUUUUCAAGAGGAGUCUCAAAAUACAGAGGUGUAGCAAGACACCACCACAAUGGAAGAUGGGAAGCUCGAAUUGGAAGAGUCUUUGGCAACAAAUAUUUAUACCUUGGAACCUAUGCUACACAAGAAGAAGCAGCGAGAGCAUAUGACAUGGCAGCAAUAGAGUACAGAGGACUUAACGCGGUUACAAAUUUUGAUCUUAGUUGUUAUAUCAAUAAUGAUAGCAAUAGCAAUCAUAAUCAAAACCCUAGCAAUAAUAAUCAAGAGUUAGAUCUUAAUCAAGAACUAGUUGAUGCAAGUGACACAUCAACGACAUCUUCAGCAGUCGAUCUUAUCUUAAACUCAUCAAAAUUCGAAGAAAUGUUACAAAAUACUACAUCCCCGUCAUCGGUUGAAGAUAGUUAUACUCCAUCACUUGUCGAGUUAAAUCAGCCUCAUCGGAAUUUUCCUGAAGAUAUUCAAACGAUCUUUGAAACUCAAUAUUCAAGUAUCUACAACGAGAAUGAUGACGACUUGAUAUUUGGUGAAUUGAGCUCAAUUGAUGCACCCAUUUUUCAUUAUGAGCUUGAUGCUUGAUUAGAACAAGGUUCAUCAACCAAAAAUAGAUGACAAGGAAAUUAGCAACAAAAAAAUAUGAGUAAACAAAUAUAUAGAAUGGAAGAUUCUUUAAAGAGAAAAAAGAAUAAUUUGUUACAAUUAUGAUCCAACAAGAUGGCAUGUAAGAGUUUUAUAUUAACAAUUUAGUUUUAUCAUAUGUAUGUCUCCUCUCCAUCAUAUAUUCUUUCUUCAUAUGUUAUAGUCUAUUCAAUAGUUUUUAUUUUGUUUAAAUGAGUUUUUAAUUUUAUAAAUAUAUAAAUUGCAUACCUUUCCCUAUAAGUUUCAAUUUUUGUUAAUUACUUAACUUUAAGGGGUGAUGUGCCUAAAAUAAGUAUAGUACCAUGUGAUAUGUGCUGUCAUCAAUUUCAAUUCCAAAUUUGGCAUUAAACACCGCAGCAUGAAAUUCAAUUUCAAAUUCGGCAUCAAAUAAGCAGAUUCACUUACCAAAAUCAUAAUACCAAAACUGGUGAUGAGCAACAUCACUAAAUGUUAAGGAAACAUACACAACAAAUGCACCACCAACCAACAUAUGCUCUGCCUGCAACAGCUUCAACUAAAUUUUACCUCUUCGUUCUAGAUAUGUCUGACAACAUGGUCCAGAUAAAGAGGCAGUAGUGAUAAGUUUGACAGACCUUCUCCAAAAUUCUAAGGUGCCGCAGGUGCAGACUCAUCGGUCCGGGUCUGGGAUGCAUCAGGUGCCGUCUGGGACUGUGAUGCCUUAGGUGUUCUGUUGCUUAAUUUUGUGACCAAUAUCAGAAACCUUAGUUGGUAUUCCAGGCAUGAGUCAGAAAAAGAAUAAUGGAAAGCAAAGGAUUGUUGCGCUUCUGAUUUGCCAUUACUCAUUUUUUAUCACAUGAAACCUUAGUUAUGCAUUUAUCACAUGAACAUGAAUCUAUUCAUGUAUGAUUCACAUGACACAUAUUGCUUUUAUAUUCAGGAACUCUUUUAUAGAUGUUCAACAGCUCAGGUUCACAUCCAGCAAAACGUGGCUAAGAGUGCAAAAUGUAGUUUGCGAGAAAUUCAAUUGAGCUCAGACAAAUCUUAAGAACAAGAAAGUGUGGCAGAACAAGAAAAUGGUUUCUAGCAAACCAUUUUCUUGUUCUUAGAGGCUAAACCACGAAUACUAUAACAAAUCAUCUCUGGAACUGGAAGUCUUCAUUGCAACUUUCUGACAACAGAGGUUUCUAGCAAAUCACUUUGGAAACAGUUUAUUUGUCAAAUCAGUAUGAUUUAUCCAGAAAGACCAUUUUAUUAAGACAACACACAGAUUUAUACUACACCCUCAACUGAACUAUUAUAGUAUCCCAAAGUUAAGCUCAACUUGUAUUCCUUUCAAUAGUUUUCUGUACUUUUUCUUUGCAAAA